UACCAUGGAGGAACAAACUUUGGUAUGACAGCUGGUGGUCCGUUUAUCGCGCUAGCUAUGACUGUGAUGCACCUUUUGAUGAAUAUGUCUUACAACGAGGAGGCUGCUUCACACGAAGAGAAUUCAUUCACGAUGGUUGGGUUAUUGGAGCAUAUUAAUAACACUAGAGAUGACACAGUCUAUUUAUGGUACACGACAGAUGUGAGAACUGACUCAAACAAAGGAUUUGUAAGUGGUGGCAAGCUGCUCGUGCUUGCAGUGCUUUCUGCUAGCCAUGCAUUGAAUGUGUUUAUCAACAAACAUUUAUCAGAAUGUGGGCCCUCAUUUCGAGGCGUGGAAUGUUGUCGUUCUUG